AUGAAGGAAGAUCCAUCAAAAUCAGAUCAUGAUGUCGAAAUGAUGGAAGAUGAGGAAACAGACGAAACUUCUGUUAAAGCUCCCAAGAAAAAGGUUUAUAUUCCCGGUACGAGCCGUCCACUGCGUGAAGAUGAGGAAUGGGAUUUUGAUCCCGAAGCAUAUCAAUGGCCGUGUCUCAGCUUUGACAUAAUACCAGAUGAUCUCGGCUGUGAUCGCACAGGCUUUCCAAUGAGUUGCUUUUUGGUUGGUGGAACACAAGCCGAAAAAGCAACCAGUAAUGAAUUACUCGUGAUGAAGUUGUCAAAUUUAAAUCCAAUCACAGAUGAACAGUCAUCAGAUAGUGAAGGCGAAGUUGAAGAAAGUGCUCAUAUUAAACAACCAAUGUUUCAUGCUGCUGCUAUCCCUCACAUUGGAACUGUCAAUCGCUUAAAGACGACUACUAUUGGUCAAAGCAAAGUUUGUAGUGCAUUCAGUAGCCAAGGAAAAGUAACAUUAUGGAACCUUACUCAAGCUGUUGAUGAAUUAAAUAAUAUAGAAAGAAACGAUCGUAUCAUCAAGCGCCCCAGAGAUCGACCUUUGUUUUCAUUUGUUGGUCAUCAGGCAGAAGGAUAUGCCUUGUCGUGGUCACCACUAAAAAUGGGUAGACAUGCAUCGGGUGACAGUAGGCACAAAAUACAUUUAUGGACAAUGGCUGAGGGUGGCCAGUGGGUUGUUGACCAGAAACCUUUUCAAAAGCAUAAAGAUUCAAUAGAAGACCUUUGCUGGUCACCAACGGAUGAAUCAAUUCUCGCUUCUUGUUCAGCUGAUGGCAGCAUAAAACUGUCUGCACCAUCGGAUGCAUGUGUCUGUGACGUUGAAAAUGCGCAUGAAUCACAUGUAAAUGUGAUUUCUUGGAACAAAUCUGAACCUUUGAUAGUGAGCGGAGGUGAUGAUACAGCUAUAAAUGUAUGGACAACUAAGUCCAUGCAGUACAAGGAACCUGUCGCUCGCUUCAAACACCAUAAAGCACCUAUAACGUCAGUAGAAUGGUCUCCUCAUGAAACAACGACAAUGAUGGCAUCUGGCGAAGAUGACCAAGUUACUAUUUGGGACAUGGCUCUUGAAGCUGACUCACCUAAUGAAGCAUACGAUAUACCUCCACAGUUAUUAUUUGUUCACAUGGGUCAAAAAGAAAUUAAGGAGGUACACUGGCACAAUCAAAUCCAAGGUUUCGCAGCCACAACUGCUUUAUCGGGUUUUAACUUGUUCAAACCAAUCAAUUUGUAA